AUGAAUUAUAUUCAUUUGAUAUCUAUCAGUUCACAUCAAGACAAAAAUACUUUCAUACUCGAUAUGGUUCGCUUCCAUGAAUUGUUCUCGAUCACAGGUGUUGUGCUAAUGAUCAUUGCAAAAAGUCAUUCUUGGACCUGGUUUCCAGAUCCACAACGUGGAGCGGCACUUGAAGCUCGCUGGAAUAAAUAUAAAGCCCUACCGCAGAAAACUCAACCGGCAGUUGAAAGUGUUUGUGGUAAAUUGGUUCAACCUACGUGUCAGAAAUUAAUUGGAAGACCUACAGACACGGAAACAGAAAGUUGUGAUAAAUCUUGUUGUCAUGCUGGUUAUCUAACCGGAUUUUGUAAAGGAACUAUUACUGUCGAUGGUAUAAUAAAUCUAGUUGGCCCUGGCCAGACGGAAUAUAAACCUACAAUUAAUGCUCGGUCAGGUUGCGUUUGCACCAAUGACCAGAGAGAUGCUACAUGUGGUCCUGAUGGUUCAUUUGCAGGGAUUCGAUGUCCAUUUGAUACAAGUGCAUGUGCAAGAAAGUGCUGUCGCGAAGGAAGAUCAGGUGGACGUUGUGGCGGGUUUCUGAAGACAAAAUGUAAAUGCAAUUAA